AUGUGUUUGAACACUGAAUCGCCGAGAGGCGACAGUUGGGGCACGCUGGGCCCGACCGUCGGUGAUCGAGAUUUUUCAAAACAAAAAAAAAGAACAUUUUUAACAUCUUGGUUAAACAAAUAUGACUGGUUAGAACAUGAUCAAAUUAAUGAUAAAGCUUUUUGCAAAUUAUGUAAAUCUAUGAGUAGACUGAGUAGUAAUAGCAAUAAUAAUGUUUCUGUAUUUAUCUUGGAGGGCUUUAAAAAUUGGAAAAAAGUGGUGGAAAGGUUUAAUAUGCAUGAACGUUCAGAAUUGCACAAAACAAAUAUUGUUAAAAGUUCUUUUAUUAAAACAAAUGCUAAUGUAUAUGCUCAAAUUUCGGAUAGUCAUAAAAAAUCUAUGGAAGAAUCAAGAUUUGCUUUUGAUAAAAUAUUAUCUUCAAUAGUGUUUUUGGCAAAACAAGGCGUAGCAAUAAGAGGGCAUACUGAUGAAUCUGCAAAUUUCAAUCAGUUAUUAAAACUUCGAUCGGAAGAUUCGACUGAAUUAAAAAACUGGUUAGGUAGAACUACUUAUAAAUGGAUUUCCCACGAUAUAACAAAUGAAAUUCUUAGUAUACUUUCAAGAGAAGUCAUUAGAAACAUUAUUAUAAAAAUUAAAGAAAAUACAUUUUAUGCUAUUUUAUUAGACGAAACUAGUGAUAUUACAGUAAAAGAACAAAUUUCAUUUUGUUUAAGAACAGUGGACAAAGAAUCAUUUGAAAUUGAAGAAUAUUUUAUAGGAUUUUAUGAAACACCUAAAACUGAUUCUAAUACUCUUUUAAAUAUUUUAAAAGAUAUUCUAUGUAGAUUAGAGUUGAAUAUUCAUAAUGUUAGAGGACAAUGUUUUGAUGGUGCUAGCAAUGUUUCUGGAAUUCACAAAGGAUUACAAGCUAGAACUAAAGAAAUUGAACCUAGAGCAUUGUUUGUUCACUGUCAAGCUCAUUCUUUAAAUCUUGUUACCCAAGAUAGUAUGCGAAAUGUAGAAAAAGCUAGAGAUAUACUAAAUUUUAUAAGAGAAUUAAUUACAUUUAUCAAACAAUUACCCAAGAGGCUAUCUUGGUUUAAAAUGUUACAAACAGAAGAGAACGUGACUGCUCUAAGACCGUUUUGUCCAACUAGGUGGACGUUACGAUAUUCUAGUUUAUUAUCUGUUAUGGAUAACUAUAAUGAACUAUUGACAUUUUUAUCGGAUUUUUCAAAAACUGAAAAGAACGAUGCAGGAUGUAAAGCAAAAGGAUUUUUAAAACAAUUAAAAUCUUCAGAUACUUACAUAAUGCUUAAAAUAGUAAUUAGUACUAUUUCAAGUAUGAGAGAUACAUUCAAUAUUUUAUGGAAAUCUACAAAAAACGAAUGGUCAGAAUUAAAACUAGAUCCACCAAAAGAAUCUAGAAAACGAAAAAUGCCUCUUAAAUAUGAUGACAGUACAUCCCAGUCCUUUUUAUUUACACCUGAAAGUAAAUAUAAUAAAAUAUAUAAAGAAAUUAUUGAUCAUAUACUAUCUGGUUUACAAUUAAGAUUUAAUUCUGAAGUUCGAAUGUUUUUAAGUGAUGUUGAAAUGUUUUUUAUUGAUCCAAGUAUAUCACCACAAUUAAUUUGCGAAUUUUAUAAAGAUGAUUUAAAUAUUGAUAAACUAAAAUUGCACAGAGAUAUGUUUCAUGAUAUAAUUAGAGGCCAAGGCUUAAAUGUAUCAUCAUUUUCAGAUGUUUUAAAUAUUGCUAAAGAUAAACCACACUUGGUCAUUCAUUUAACCGAGCUCAGAAAAUGCAUACAAUUGAUAUUGACAGUACCAGUCACAACGUGUAGGUACUACUGA